AUGCACUCUACUUUACGUGUUUUCACUAAGAAUAACUGUUUGAGUUUCACCAACAUGAACAGAUUUUCUACUGCUGCUCAAGUCGCUCAAGCUAACUACUCCAAGUUCAGAGCUGACUACAGUGCUUCAGUAGCUGCUUUCUAAUAAAGAAUUAAGACUAUCGAAAAGGAAAAUACAGGUUCCAUGAAGAAGCCUAUGGCUAAGGCUUACGAACACCCCUACAACAGCGAACACCACCCUUUGAACUUCUCCGCUGUUAAAAUCGCUGAAACUUUCCACGACUUCAUUGGUCCCGAAUAGGUUUCUCCUCACUACGAAAGUUUUGCCAUGUCAAGAAAGUUUUUGUUGACUUUCUGGGGUGGUUUCUUCGUUUUGAACUUCGGUAUGGCCACUGUUGACCUUAACUGGAUCAUGAAAUCUACUUACAUUCCUUGGAUUUUCUGGUUCUAAUUAAUGUACUUCUACGUUGAAGGUAAAAACUCCAUGUUCAUGCCCUUACUCCAAAGAUUCUACAGAAGAGCUGCUGCCAACGAAAUCUUCACCAUGGAAGCUUUCUAUCACGAAAAUAUUGAAAAUAAGUUAAGAAACCUUAUGAGAAUCACUAAGGGACAACUCGAAUACUGGGACAUCCACACCAGCUAUGGUGAAAUUAGAGCUGACUCUAUUAACAAUUUCUUAGCUAAUGAAUAUUUAAGAUUAUAAUCCCACAUCACUAGCAGAGCCUUAAACAUCUUGAAAUAAGCUUAAGCUUACGAAACCAUGAACUAAGCUGCUUUACUUCAAAAGUUGAUUGAUGAUGCUACCUCUGCUAUUGACAACGCCCUUAAGGGUGAUAAGAAGGCUGAAGUCUUAGCAAGAUCCCUCGAUUCUGCCAUCGAUGGUCUCUCCAAGGGUUACAUGGAUUACCAAAAUGAUCCUCUUCUUCCUUUGAUUCUUUCUUCUAUUGAAGCUAACGUCAAGAAGAUCACCACUCUUUCUGCUCAAGAACAAGCUAACUUAAUCGGUUUAACCGCAGAACAACUCAAGAGCAUCAAGGAAAACGAUGUUAGAGCCAGAAAGGAAUUCUUAGAAUCUCAACCCAAAUUAGAUAACAAUCUUAAAAAUAUCGAAUCUGUUAAGAAGAUUUUAGCCACCUGGGGUAAGUGA